UGGGCGGCGCUCUGCUGGGCACGUCGCUAUGGAUGCACUUGGACGGAGCGAGCAUGGCACCUGUCACCGCGGACCUCGAUGGCUAUAACUACGUGCUGUACUUCCUGAUGGCCGUGGGCGCCGUCAUGUUCAUCAUGGGCUUCCUCGGAUGCUGCGGCGCCUUCCAGGAGUCGCAGUGCAUGCUGGCCACGUUCUUCGCCCUGGUCCUGGUCCUGUUCGCCGGUCAGAUCGCCGCCGGAGUUUGGCUCAAGACGAACGAGGAGCGAUUCACGGACCUGGCGAAGAGUUCCCUGACCAAGUCCAUUCAGCACGACUACGGCGACAAUAAGCUCAAGACACAGGCCUUCGAUGUCAUCCAGUCCGAGCUGAAGUGUUGCGGAUCUGAGGGCCCCACAGACUGGGCCGAGAGUCGCUUCAAUAACGCUGGCGAGCGUGGAAUACUGGACAUCGGCAUCAGAGGGGCCAUCGGUGCCUACAAGGUGCCUGAAUCCUGCUGUAUCGAGAAGGACGCGGCACUGUGCGACGCUACCCGCAACCUGUCCAUCGGGGCACAGAUCACGGGCUCGAUCUACACUGAGGGUUGUGCCAAGAAGAUGAUCCAGCUGAUCCACAGCCACAGCUACGAGGUCCUGGGCGUGGUGGCUGCCAUCGUCCUGAUCGAAAUCCUGGCCAUGAUCUUCUCGAUGGUCCUGUGCUGUGCUGUGCGUCGCAUUGACCACGUAAAGGCCUAGGAGGAAAAUAGCUCCCCGAUAUACGACCUGGGGAUGGAGAGUGAAGACGAUGACCCCACUGUUUGAAGAGGAAAUAAAAAUAUUAAAAAAAAAACACAAAAAAAGGAGGAAAAAGUAGUGCAUUUAUAGAUCAGUUUUAUAUUGAUCAAGUUCGAGAGAACUGUGAAUGACUGGCUGGAUCUUCUGGCCAGAGCACCUCUCCAUCCGGUCAGGAAACAUCACGAAAUAUCCAUCUAAUUCAGAAGUGAUCGUAGACUUAAAAUGUUAAUUAUUUUCUUUUUUUUUUCUUUUUUUUUUAAGAAAUUCUUUUAUCGGGAGUUUGAGCAUUGAAUAGUUUAGAAAUUGUUUGCCGUUAGUUAUGGAGAAGAUUUUUUGUUUUAUAAAAAGGAAUGAUGGUUAAAAAUAAUUUACAAGGAUAAAACUAAUGGAAAUGGUAAAAUUACUAUCAAGUUAUACAAGCCACAUUGCCCCUCCCCCCCACAAAAUUGUAUAAAAGGCUAAAGAUUUUCAAUAGGUUAUAUAAUGGAAUGAUUGUCUACACCUAUUAAGAUCAUGGAGUAGAUUUUCUUGAAUUUUUGGUGUAAACAUUUCUUCAUCAGCUUAGUAAAUAUUGUCUUGCAGUGUUGAUCACAGAUUAUUAAAAAAGAAAAUAGAAAUACAAUAGUUAGUAGCUGAAUACUAAAACAUAUUUUUGUAUUUACUGAAUUAAUUUACAAUGAAAAAAAAAGUUGUAUCUUAUUAAGAAGCAGAUGAACAUUUUUUAUGAAAUAGUUACUACUUUGAUAUCAAUUUAUAUGUAACAAGCAGGCUCGGUUGCAUUAUUUUUAUGAUCUCUUUCAAUACUCUAGUUGUUUUCGAAGCGACAGUAACUGCGCCAUUACACAUCACAGGCUGUCCUCAACUGCAUGAAGUUCCCUACUCAGUAAAUUGGUUGGGACCAGCUAAUUUGGCUAAGAUUUUGUGCAUCAGGGAUAGUUCAUAUUUUUUUGUUUUCUCUUUUUUUUUUUUAAUUUGUAUAGAUAACGUUUCUUUUUCACCUUUCAAGAUUGUUUGGAUUCAAUAGUAACAGUUUUUUAAAUGUUUUUUAAUAUUUUUAUACCAAGGUUUGUGGAGCAGUUGGCAUAGCACGACUCAUGUUGAAGGACUAGUAAUGUUUGAUCCAGGUUUUGCUGAAAGUUAACAGUGACUCAAAAUCAAAUCAAGUGAUGAAAGUUCAUUUGGAAUGGAAUUUUUUGUAUCAGCUGGUAUACACACACACAUACUUUCCUUACCGGCACAAUCUUUUAUUCUUAUUUUUAUAUCUCCCAAACUGGUCACAUUAGAACCAAAGCUUUUCAUAUGUUAGAUUAACUGCACUGGUCUUCACCACAACUAUACCUCCAAAGACUCUUAAGUAUAGAGCUUAAGAGCGAGCAAAAGUGUUGUCGUGACAGCUUGGGCCAUCAGCUAUUGCUGGUGUUGGCACCCAGCUCCUGUACAUACUGAAUAUUGAAAAAACAAUUAUAAAAAGUAUAAUCCUUUAUACUAAGAAACUGUAUCUCACAUGCAUGCCCUUGUGGAUUUCUGAGUGGUAAAAGAAGGGUUUGGCUUCAUGUUAUGUAUGUGCAGUGUUCAUGUACACAUUCAGUAUUAAUAUAUGGGAACUGUAUGGUCAUUCACUCUGUAUGCAAAAGUAUUUUAUGUAUAGUUUAGCUCCAUAAACUGUAUGUAAGUGCUACUGUGCUCUUUACCGUGGCUAACCAUAUAGGUUAUUACAAACUGUACGUGUGUUCAUGCACAGUCUGUGAAGCACAUUACAUGGGAAUGUGUACAGGGCUUUCUGUUACUAGUGAAGUAUGGAUUUGCAUUUUCCAAUAUUCUCUCUCUUUUUUUAGGGUUCAUGAAGAGUGAAUUUCCAUAUUUCAGGUUUUCAUUUGUGGUUCAUAGAAAAUUUUUACAAUCUUUUGAGUGAUUGAGGCUGAUAAUGACAAAUGUAUGCACAUACGCUUACAAUUAGUAUGUGGGUAAUACAGCCUAUGGCCUAUUCAUUACAAAAGACUAAUGUAAUUAUACCUAUUAAUGCCUUAACUCCACCUAAAUUCAUUUAGAUUGAAUAUAUACACUUUUGCAAGGAAAUAGUGAGAAGAGAAUUGGAAACACAUUUGUUUUGCAUAUAUUGGAAAAAAGCGUUUCUGUUAUACAAAUUCUAUUUCCGGUUUCAGAUACCACAAAUGGCAUGUGAGGACUGGUAAUAAAUGUUAAUUUGAAUGUGUUUCCCUUCAAUAUGGAUGUGUGUUCAUGAAAUGUUGUUAGGUUAAUGUGUUUUUUUGUUUGUUUUUUUAUAUAUAAAUUCAAGGAUCAGAAAGUAUGCAUUAUUUUAGUUUUUUUCUAAGAUUUUUAGUGCCAAUGUUGUUGACCUCAAAAGCACGUGUUUGUUUGAUUUAUUUAUAGAUGGAAGACAUUUUUCAUUAUCAUAAUUGUGUAACUGAUAUUUCUGUUAUAAUGUAAGUUGGUAGUUUAAUAUUCCUGUAUUUUCUUGAUAUCCUAAAGUUAGGAAGAGAUACCUACUAUUAGACUGUGCAUCUUGGAAGUUGACAUUACAAAUUUUAAAUCUGUAGAACUUUAAAGGAACUGAUUAUUUAAUCAGAUUGUGCUCUAGAUUAAACAAAGCAAUAAUUUAAGUUUCUAUUAUUCCAAACAGUGCUUUAUCUCAUUAAUGAAUACAUUUUAAUGUGGAUACGAUGUCUUUUCAUCUUGUUUGUUUUGUACAAAAUACAUUUACUGGUAUUUUACUGAGGAGCCUCUUCUUUUUAGCUUUACUAUUUGGUUGUCAUGGUUUAAAGGUACUAAGCUGUGGAUGUCAGUAUAUUAGGCUUUUCAUUUUUCAUAAAUGACUAUAAUGCCUUCUUGUAUGAAAUGCAUACAUACAUUCAGAUAUCUGUUGUUCCAAGAUGCAAAUCUCCUUUGUAAAUAAACACAGUCUGUGCAUCAAACUGCCAAACACGGCAUGUAGGAACCAAGGGAAGGGAUUCCUUUAACACAUAAAAUUUACCUGUAGUUACUUGGAGUUGGUGGAAAAUUGCCAUGCAUAAGGAGAAAAGAAGAGAAACCAGUUGCCAUGAGUAGGAAAAAGAUUCAGGUUAAGAGAUUUAUUGUAAGAGGAAACAUCUUUUAAAAAGGUUAAAAUUUACAGGUAGGAAUCUGUAACAAAUGCACCUCUGGUUUAGAGGAAGGAAAGGUAACAAUGCUUUGUGGUUUUCUCCUACCAGCUCAUGAACUGGCCUGCAGGACAAGAUCGGUGGUAUGUCUGGAAAUUAUCCUCCACAGGCUCUCUAUUGGUUGCACAAAUGGAUGCUCAGAUUUCAUGGUUGACAUAACUUGUAGGGUUAUCAGUAUUUAUUGAUAUAUAUCUGCAGAAUGAUCAUAUCAACAGUCAACAAAUGCUAGUGACAAACAGGUUAUAUGUAUAAGUUUAGGAAUCACAGACAGUAGGUUUUAACUUCAUCAUGGCUCAUAUAUGUUAUUUUUACUACAAAAAAAAGAAAAGAAAAUAAUAAAAGACUACAUGUACCAAGAUGAAGCUUGAUCUAUGGUUCUAUGUUACUAAAUCUUAUGAAGGGUUAUGAAAACUGCAGAAACCAUGAAGCACAGAACUUGGUGCUAGAUGCUCGUGCUGAUCAUGCAGUGCUGACCUUUGCACAGCCCAGUCGGUGGCACAGCCCUCAUAACCUAACUUGCCACCUAUGACUUGAUCCUGUUUGAUCAUAACACAUUUUUGAUUGUGCCGAGGCUGGGCUUGCAUUCCAAAUCUUGGUGUAUUUGAAGAGUUGUAUGAAAUGACUUUUAAGAAAAAUCACACACAUUUUUUUGUAUUGUUUAGGUCAGCACUGCGUCCAUUGCUAUUCCCACGUCAAGAUUUUUGUGAUGUCUACUCAUCAUCUUGUGAAAACUUCCAAACUUGUUUGUAAUCAUGCUAGAAUAAAUAAGUAACCUUAA